AUGGUGAACGUGGUUACCGUUGACACGAAAACGGGAUAUAUCGAAACCGACAAUGACCGUCUUGUUAUGGUCAUUCUUCUCAUUUUUCUACCGCCAUUGGCGGUGUUCUUCAAAGCCCGCGGAUGCACUGGAAAAGUUGGAUUGAGCAUUCUCCUCUACAUCUUCUUCAUAUUUCCAUCAUAUUGUCACGCUGUCUGGUUUUGUUUCAUACGCGGACGUGAGCACGAGUUGUUGCAAUUUGCUGUUAAAAUGAUACUACUGAAAAGUCUUUUCAUUAUUACCAUUGUUGAAGCAGCGGCAUUCGAAAAAUUUGAAAUUGGCCAACAAACUUAUGUUCAAAUCGAGGCAGUCCAUCUAAUCGAUACCCCGUUGGGGAUUCAAAUUGUCCAUGCCGUUGUUCCAGUCUCCCCAAUACCCAUUAAUAUUGCAUUGAUAUCACCAGGUGUUUGGUACAUUCCAGAACAAGAUGGAUUCCCAAAACUGGGAUAUUUGACAUCAAGCGGUUGGUUUUUCUUGAAUCAAACCGAAUAUCGACAAGUGUCGAGGAAAUCAACGGCCAAAAAGGCAUCGAAGAAUGCGCAACUUGACGUCACAAGUCUAUUGAGACUUGCACCAUCAUCUCUCGAUGGUAUCCAAUUCAUUAGAAAAGGAAACAUUGGAGCCUAUGUGUUCAAUGAGAACGACGUCGAAAACGGAAAAAUCAGCGGGAAACUCGAGGAAAAUACCAAAAGCGGCGAUGCUCAAAUAAUCCAAACCGGGAAUCUGGCAGCAUAUAUUUUCUCGGAGGUACCCCAAUCCUCAACGGAUUCCCUUUAUUGGCUGCUUCCUGCAAUUCCGCCGUCAAAAACAUCAAUGCCACAUACUACAAGACUUCACGAUUCAUCGCUUCUACUUUACUACGAAAUGCCAAGACUUGUUCGAUUGAAGUCGUAA